AUGAGUGCUGUAUUAGCUCGUCUUAAGGUGCUAGAAAGUCAGGUAGUUUCGGAAAACACGCAAUCGCCGGCACAACGUAAUGCGCGACCCAUUUCGCCGCCACCGUCGGGGCUCCAUGAUUCAAACGUACGUUCGUUACCGUUGCCCGAUCGGUCCGCCUCAUCAAACGAUGUUCCACGACGUGCUGGGACGCCGCCGGUUCCGCUGCGCCUGCCGAAUCCGUUGCAAACAGAUCGGGUAGUUGGUUCUAAUUCCGAAUGUGUAGUCGAUGCAGACGCCGAAAACGAGGAGUCCGGUCUGGUGACUGCAUGUCUCCAAGGUCAAGAUCCGAGUCCACCUUCAGAAGACUACAUGCCGCAACCUUCUACUUCUGGGACACAAGGGUCCACGAAUACCCUUAUCUCGCCUGCCGCUGAGGAACAACGGGAUGUCCUGUUUAAGAGGAAAAGAAAGGAGGGAAGAGCCCGAGGACGGCCUCAUGUCAGGAGAAGCCGUAUAGACGAU